AUGAUCAUACUUAUAUUUAUCUUCCUCAUUUGUAAUAUAUAUCAUCAUUAGGGUAUACUUCAAAUUAAACAGACUCUCGCUUUAAAACCAAAUAUUACACAAAUGGUUCAAAGCAUAGUCAUCAAAUUCUAAUUACUUUUAGAUUGUAACUGAGAUUAAACGGUGUCCUGCUUUUUGGAUCAAAUGAGGAUUUAGACCCACAGACAAUGGACGAACAAGAUUUAAAAUUAAAAAUCAAAGCUAAAUUGUUAUGAUUUUCAUAGUAUACAAUCAAAUAGCAAUUAAUAGCUUAUAGAAUACUCUUUUUAAUCAGAUCUAUUUAUUAUGCUUCAUCAUAAUAAGACAUUCUAAUUGAAAAUUUGUUAACCUAUAAAAAAGGUUCCUAUAAAUCAGGUUGCAUGAAUGAUUGUAAGGGAUACAAUAACACUGAGUCCGUAAGUAAACCUUAUUGUUAAAAUAGUCACUGUGAAUGUCAAAUGAAUUAAUUCGGUUUAUUUUGUUAACUAUCAUCCAGCUAUUUUAUGACUAGUCCUCUAGUGAGGGUAAACUUAAAUUCCUUUCAAUGAAAAUUUUUCCUUUAUCAAUAUAGCAGCACUGAUUUGUGAUUACUAUGCAAUCUCCCAGUUGAUGAAAAAUCUGUAUGUAAAUUUGCAUUAAUCUAUAUCAAGUAUAUAGUUCGACAUAUAGACAAACUCCUUAAUUGGAAAUUCCUAACUUGUCUAAGAGCAAAAUUUAGCCAAUGGUAUCAUUUUGAAGAUUGAACUUUCCAAAUUACUUAAUAUUUAAACAUCGUUUACAUAGGAUUAGGUAAUAAUAAUUCCUAAAAUGCGGAAUUGGAUAUUAGAAUAUUAUCAAAGAAAUCAUCAGAUUAUAGGGAUAUAGAAAGGAAUAAAAUAAUAAUUAUUAUUUUUGGAACCUGUUUUAGUGGUUCUAUUAAUUAUUGAGGGUUCACUGAUAAAUUUGUCUAAGAAUAUUUUGGAUUGA